AUGCAGAAGCGGGCAGGUAAGCCGGCCAAGCCGGGCGGUGCCAAGCCCGGCGGCGGCGGCAAGAAGGGCGGCGGCGGCGGCGGCAACAAUGGCAUGGCGCCCAGCCCGGCGGCUGCGAUGCGCGGCCAGCAGGCGGGCGUGGUGCGCGUCUAUGUGGAGACCAGCCUGCAGACCAAGCUUCUGAUGGCGGUGCCGCACGCGUCCACCGUGGCGGCGGUCAAAGCCGAGGCCGCGCGCCGCCACCAGCUGCAAUACCCAGAGCACGGCCAGGUGGCGGUGCAGGCACUGGCGGUGCCGGCCGACGCGCUGGCGGCGCCAGCCGGCGGCGGCAACCCCGCUUUCUUCCCGGCCUUUGACGAGGACGGCAUCAUUGAUGUGCUGCCCAACGGAGCCGGCAUGGUGCGGCUGGAGUGCCAGCCGUGCCGCGGGCAGAAGCGCUGGCGGGACGCGCCUGCCGCCGCAGCCGCCGCCACCGCCGCCGCGCAGCCGGCAGCCAACCAGGCCGCCGCCAGGCAGCAGCAGCAGCAGCGGCAUCCGGCAAAGCAGCAGCAGCAGCAGGCGCAGGCCACUGAGGAGAAGCCCGCUGCAGCGACUGAGGAGCGGCAGCGCAAGCGGCGGCGCCGAGGCUCGGCAGCGGCUGGCGGCAGCCCCGUCCCUGCCGCCGAGGCCAGCCAGCAGCAGCAGCCCCCGGCUGCCACCCAGGCAGCCAAGAGCGGCGGCAAGCAGCAGAAGGGGCUGCAGCAGGGGGCUUUGGCGGAGGCUGGCGGCAAGAAGGCGAAGCAGGCGCCAGCUGCCGCUGCGCCUGCCCAGCAGGAGCAGAAGGAUGAGCGAGGCACGACGGGCGGCAAACAGGAGCGCAAGCGCAAGCAGCAGCAGCAGGCUUCGGAUGACGAGCCCUCGCCCAGCCCUGCUGCCGCGCACGCGGCCGAGCAGCAGCAAGGCGCUGCUGCCAAGAAGAAGCGGAGGCGCAGCAAGGGCGCGACCGCUGUGGCGCCCCCCUCGCCUCCGUCCGCCCCUGCUGCUCGUCCUGCUGCAAAGGCGGCGACAGAGCCUGCACAGGAGGCUGGCGAACCAGCGAGCGGCAAGAAGCGGCGGAAGAAGAAAGGCAAGCAGGUGGUCGCGGCGGAGGCCGCGGCAGCCCUGCUGGCUGUAGUGGAGGACAAGCAGCCCGCAACAGCAGCAGCGCCAGGCACCGAGGCGGCGGCGGGCGCCAAGAAGCAGCGGCGCGGCAAGGACAAGGCGGCCAAGCAGCAGGAGCAGCCGGCUCCCGCCGCCGCGGCACCCGAGGGCGGCCGCCCUCCACAGGGCCUGCGCUGCGGCACCUGCAAGACCUGCACCAACCCCAAGCACAAGAAGGCCUGCCUCAAUCGUGAGGCGCUGGCAGCAAAGGCCGCCGAGGCGGCGGCCGCUGAGGUGGCGGCCGCUGAGGCGGCAGCUGCGCCGCGCUCCUCAGGCGAGCGCAGCGUGCGGGUGGCUGCCAGGCAGCAGGCCGCCGCUUGCGGCGCCACUGCCAGCAGCAGCAGCAGCGAGGAGACCGAGGACAGCAGCAGUAGCGGUGAUGAGGAGGAUAGCAGCAGUAGCAGUAGUGACGACAGCGCCAGCAGAAGUGAGGCGCAGGAGGAGGAGGAGGAGCAGCAGCAGGAGCAGCAGCUUCCACCGCCAGCAGCGGCAGUGGUGGCCGCUGCGGCCACCGCACCAACAUCAGCAGGCAGUGAGCAUAGCAGCAGCAGCAGUGACAGCAGCAGUAGCGAACACAAUAGCAGCAGCAGUAGCGACGAUGAUGAGGAGGAGGAGGAGCCGGCUGCCGCAGCUGCUGUGCCCGCGCCAGCGCCAGCGCCCAAGGAGGGCACUAGUGAAGAGAGCAGCAGCAGCAGCGAGGAGGAGGAGGAGGAGGAGGAGGAAGAGGCAAAGCAGGUGAAAGCCGCUGCUGCACCAACCGCGGCGGCAGCGGGUAAAACGCAGAAACCUGCUGAGGACAGCAGCAGCAGCAGCAGCAGCAGUGACGAGGAGGAGGAGGAGGACAGCAGCAGUGACGACAGCAGCAGUGGCGACAGCAGCAGCAGCGAAGAGGAGGAUGGAGACGAGGGAGGCGGCGCGCCGCCCCCUGCCGCGCAAAAGCAGCCCCAGCCGCCAGCGGCCCCGGCGGUCGCGGCGGCCGGCGGCGGCGCCAGCAGCAGCAGCAGCGAAAGCGGCAGCGAGGACAGCAGCAGUAGCUCGGACGAGAAAGAUGGGAAAGAUAGCGGCUGCAGCAGCAGCGAGGAGGAGGAGGAGGAGGACAAGCACAAUGGACGGCAGGGCCCUUCCGCCGCCACUGCCGCUGCAGCCAAGCCGGCAGAUGCGACGGAGGCAGCCGCCCCACAGCCUGCCGAAAAGGAGGAGAGCAGCAGCAGCAGCGAGGAGGAGGAGGAGGAGGAUGGGGAGGGAGGGAGCAGCAGCGAGCCCAAAGACAGCCAGGAGACGGUCGCCAGCGAGCUUGCCACCUCAGAUGUGCGCCGCCAGCUGGUGCUGAGUACGCCGCUGGAUGGCCUGCGGUCUCCCGCAGGGCCAGCACCCGUCCCUCCUGCAGCAGCAGAUGCCGCCCAGACGGGCCCAGAGGAGGCUUCGGUGCCCGGCGGCGGUGCAGCCGGUGGCCAUGGUGGAGGGAGCGACAGCAGCAGCGAGGAGGAAAGCAGGGAUGGCGCGAGCGGCAGCAGCAGCAGCAGCAGUGAGGAGGAGGACGAAGAGGAGACGCCGCAGCAGGCUGCAGACACGUCGGCUUCUGCGCACCCGGAGCGCGCAGCCGCCACCCAGCCUGAGGGCGAGUCUGCAGGCAGCGCAUCUGCCGGUGGUGCAGCCCCUAGGGUAGUCGGGAGGGAGGCCCCCGCCCCCGCAGCCGCCCAUGCCGCCGCAGCUUCGCCUGAGGCCAGCGGCAGCGGCAGCGACAGCAGCAGCAGCGAAGAGGAGGAUGGGGAAGAUGGGGAGGAUGGCAGCAAGGCGGAGGCUCUGGCAGUGGCAGCGGCAGGCGCGGCUGCCGCGAGCGGCGGCAGCUCGAGCUCCGAGGAGGAGGAGAGCGGCAGCAGCUCCGAGGAAGCCAGCAGCAGCAGCGAAGAAGAGGAGGAGGGCUCUGAGGGCGGCAGCGGCUCUCAGGAGGAGGCAGAGGAGGCGGAGGGGGAGGAGGGUGCGUCUGGCGGCAGCCAGCCGCAGAGCAGCGCCGACCGGGAGGUCAUCGCCCGCUUCCACAAAGCCCCGGCCAUGCUGACGCAGCUGCUGGGCGCGGUGACGGGCAGCGCACGCAGAGCGGCGCAGGUGGCACCCGCCGCCACCGCCGGAGCGGUGCCCACAGCGGCUGCUGCACCCGUGCCUGAGGCAGGCAUCGCAGCAGCCCCGGGCGCGGCGGCAGACCUGCAGCGCAUGGAUGGCAGCAGCGAGGUCACGCUGCCGCUCGACGAAGCAGAGGCGCCGGCGGCAGCUGCCAGGGACGCUCCCGGGGCGCAGCCCACCCCGCAGCCCGCCGCCGCCCAGCAGCACGAGCCGGCGCCAGCGCCGGCGCAGCUGGAGGAAGCCGCCGCGCCGGCCGCGGCCCCCGCCUCCCAGCCCAACGCCGCGCUGGCGGCCCUGGAUGUGAUGGAGGCAGCCGCGGCCGCGGAGACGGCGGCGGCCGAUGCUGCAGCUCGCGCCGCGCGCAGCUUCGCCUGGCAGCAGCCGGCAGAGGCGCACACGCACAUCAAGAACUUGCAGAAGCUGGUGAGGAGCAUGGUGAAGGAGUGUGUGGACGACGAGCGGAAGGCGGCGGGGCAGCUGCCGUCCACCACACAGAACUUGUACAAGGCCAAUAAGCAGCCGGACUGGUGGCCGCCUGGCGUGCCGUGGGGCUCCCGAGCGUGUGAGGCGAAGGACCGGUGCCUCCAGAUAUAUGGCGCCUCCCGCAAGGUGCUGGCUGCCAUUCACGACAUGCAGCUGCAGUGA